ACUACCCCCUCCUACAACAAAAGAAAAAAAAGAAACUCAUGAGUUUUUAAGAGACAGCUCGUCUUGCUGUGUUAAAGAUGCAUUUAUCUUCAAUCCUCUCUGAGACAGCAGUCACAAACACACAGCAUAUUUUGUAUUUGGAGACAGAAUAUUUUUUGCCCAUUUUUUUAUUCAUUCAUGUCUCUCUCUCAUUGAUUGAACACAAAGUGUCUUUCACCUUUAGUUUUCACUGAGUUUCUGACUUUGGUUUAUUCUGUCAGCAGCAGGCUUUGAUGCAAGCCAUUUUAUUGUGGUUCAGGCUGCAUUUUUAGGAUAUCUCCCCUAUACGAAGGAGAGAAUCUGCCCCAUUCUCCUAUCUUUUUUAGCUACUACUAGCCUGUUUCCAGGUAUUUAACUUAACCCAUCAACACUGAGCAGCUUCAAGAUGUCUACAUGAUGCUGCCUCCACCAUCUUUGCCAGUGGAGGCAGUGGAGUGGAUAUGUGUCAAGGCUUGAGAGUAAAUGAGACUUACAGCAACUUUAGACCUGACUUUUCAGAUUUCUUUUUGAAAAAAGUUUUUUUUUUUUUGUAUGUGUAAUUUUGGUGCCGCCUCCAUUGCAUGAAAUCCAUAUAAUAGCUUUUAUUUUCUGCUUAUGCACAUGAAAAGAAACAUAGAAAGACACUGUUUUGUACCAUUUAAAAUGUUAUUGUAGAAAUGGAGAGAAUGAACAGUGAAUUAAGAAACUCAUGAACAAAACAUGUGAAACUAAAAAAAAGGGCAUGUUGCAUCAUUGUUUUAGUCUUUGGCAACCCAUCUCCCGUUACUGCAGGCGGCUACUGUUCAAGCAAUUGUUUCACAAGGUACAGAAACAGGAAAAACAACAUAUGUCCCACCUGAGAUUUUUUUCACAGACUGUCUGAGGGGCAUGAUGAAAUAGAGGUGAGAUGCACUGCACUGCACUGCGGCGGCACAGAGUGUUUAAAUGUAGCAGAUGUCACUGUAACUGUGCUACAGUCUCAAGGCCAAAUUUACUGUAAACUUGGACGACGGUAACAACUAGAAAAUGAUAAAUUCACAAAAACUACACUGUUUAAAAUAAGAAAACAAAGUGAAACCGAGCACAUGAUCGGUUGAAACAAGGAUGGAAACUGACAGCAGAAAGCAAAAGGGAAGUGUCAUUUUUUAGUUGACGGCUAUAUUCAGCAGGGAGUGUCCCUUACAAGUGCACACACAGAGACUGCUCUGUCUCUCUAUCUCUCUCUCUCUUUCUGCUUGCAUUUUCCCCAUUAGCUCACUUCAAAAGCAAUAUAAGUGACACUUGACAGCAAGCAAGCAAAUACGAGAGCUAGGAGAGAACUAAAAUCUGGACCGUGAGAGAAGCUUUCCACUAAGAAAUGGACAAAUUUGGCCGAAACAUAAAAUAACUCAUUGUGGUAUCGAUUUGUAGCAUUUCUUUUUCUUAUUUUUUUCUUUUACAAACAUUUUGUUGAGGACGAAUGUGCUGGUCAAGAUUACCAACAAGCUUCAGAGGUCAGAGUGAGGAGCUGGAUGUUUGACUGAACUGUGGGGAGACAAUUAUUUCUGAGCCAAAUUAGUAGAGUUGUGGAUCUGUGGUCCAGUUGGGAUGUCAGAAGGUGGUGCAGCUCCCCCACCGCAGGUCUUUGUGGUGGACAGCCAGGCCAGCUACGUAUCCAUGCCUGGCAGCAAGAAAUCCUCAUGGGCCACAGCAGGCCAGAGGUUUCUCCUCCUUCUCCUGGGAUUGGCUGUGCUGGGAGUCUUUGUUGAGGGAUAUUUGAUCUACAUACUUUACCAAAGGACUGAGCCUUUGUCUCGCUGCGGGACUAAUCCUCCGUGCCAUAACUCUUCCCACCCACUGAUGCUUGAACAGCAGAAUGGCAGGAUGUCAAGUCAAAUCAAAACUAAAGAAUCCAAUGAGAUUCUUCCAAUUGCUCCUCCAGAGAGACCAAUAAGGCCAUUUGCUCACGUGUUUGGUGAUGGUCCUUUGAGGGAUAAUGAAGUGCGGUGGAACCCAGUUGAACAAGACAUAAAAAACAUGGGGUUUAACAACAGCGGCCUUAUAAUCCUAGAGGAAGGCUACUACUACGUUUACUCCAGGGUGGAGAUAGAUUUUUCCAAUGAAACUACUAAUAAAGGUGUCUUCCACAAAAUAAUGAGAAACACAAGUGGCUAUGGGAAGCCUAUAGAACUACUCCAUUCCAAAAGCACUUGCUGCCAAUAUAGAAGCUCUGCUAAUUCUGAUGCCGAGGAGCUGAGGAGCAGUUUCCUGGCAGGAAUUUUCCACCUGCAGGAAGGAGACCAUAUUUAUGUCACAUUGAGCAGAAUAAAACAGUUGAGUCAAGGGUCCAGCUUGGGGGCUUUCAGGAUAGAUCAUUAGACAAUAACAAAGCAUGUUGUCUGAACAGUGUUUAUUUUUUUAUGUUAGAGAUGUAAUCUAAUAUAUAUAUAUAUGUACUGUACCUGAUGGAUGUCAUUUUGACCAAUGGAAGAACAAAUAUUUUUAAAAUGAAAGUAUCUGAUAUUCAGAUUAUCUAUAUAUAUACGUAUUUGCAACUGUUAUUUUACAAAAUAUGUUGUUUAAAUAAAACUGA